GGGGGACGGGUGUGAACCGAUGCUUCUGUAAGUGUGAUAACAGCGUCACAGAUAACGCUGGUGUUACGUCACUUGACAUUGGCCUCGAGUUCAGGAUCUCAACAAAGCAGUGAGAUAGCAGUUACAUAAGGCCUUCGCCACAUCACAGCUGAAAAUUGUUUUCAGACUACGCACGAGCGGUUCACCAAACAACAAAUCGUUGUCUUGCAGUAAGACAUUAACGAGACAUCAGUCACUUUGCGACGUGAUCCUUCGGACUCGAGACGACCUUUGACCUUGUCGUGUUGCCUCGCUGCUAGUGGUUUGGAGACACAUACCUUCUUCUACAGGAAAGUCUUGCUACACCGUCGACACAGGUUUCUGCACGAUGUUAAAUCUGGAGCCUCUACCUUGGCCAGCAGUCGGCGCUGUCACACUUCCUCUAGUCGGUAGUAGACUAAUCAGCUACUCCCUGGGGGGCAACCCCGGCCCCUGGGCAGAGAAGUUAAAGACACCGAAAUGGAGACCUCCAAGAGCAGCGUUCCCGAUUGUGUGGUCCGGCCUGUACACAGGAAUGGGAUAUGCUUCCUAUCUGGUCUGGAAAGAGGGCGGUGGUUUCGACGGUCCCGCUCGCCUUCCAUUGGCAAUGUAUGGAGCUCAGUUAGCUCUUAACUUCUCCUGGAGUCCAAUAUUCUUCGGCAUGCGCUCUUUAAAGGGGGCCCUCGUCAACAUCCUGGUGCUAGACGUGGCCGCUGCAGGGACUGCAUACCUCUUCUAUCGCGAAACUCCAUUGGCUGGGUACCUCAUGGUACCAUACCUGGUCUGGUUAUCUCUGGCUACAGCCCUCAACUACAGGAUAUGCAAAGAUAACUCUGACGAAGAUGUCAAGAAAAUGUAGAACAUUCAAGACUGCAUUCUAAUUUCGAGUAAUACUGUACGACGUGUAAGGCUUUGUUGCAAAGUAAUAUUCUCAUCUACGUUAUUGCCUUAAACAAAUCAGAAAACCCUAAAAACCACAAUUUAAAACCAUAGUGUUGUGUAGACCACAAUAAUUUGUUAAUUUAAAUUUUAUAAUUUAUGUUUUCAAAAUAUACAUUUUUAUAAAGAAGUA